AUGAAGAACUUUCCAUUGAAUUGGUCUAAGUCCAUGACAUGUAUCAAAAUAAACAUCACUAAAUAUUAUCUAUCCACACACACCCUCAAAAGCGCCCACGGUACCUGGGAACAAUUGGUGGCACCGCGUUUGGGGGGAACAUGGUUCUUUAACCGCGUAAUGAGGUGUGAGUGCUAUUAUCUGGUUGUGAAUAGAUGUUAUCUUAGUUAUGAUGUGAAUUUGCAACUCAUUUUGAGACGCAUUUCGGUAGCAAAACAUAGCUCUAUUCUAUCUGACGUGAUUAAAAACGUUUAUCGAGUGCGUGAUGUGGCAUCACUGAGGAAUCGCCGACUUGCUUCUGUAGCAGUGCAACGGAAGCCCAACCAGUUCAUAUCUAUAAUAGUGGGCAUUUACGAAGAGCACGGCUUAGACCUGGUAAAUGCAAUUUUUUGCGACCUCACAAAUGCUAACCAGGAGAGUAGAAUGACACUUCUUUCUUUAUCGGGCGUUGGUAUAACAUGUUGA